AUGGUCUCGGCAGUGAUUCUAUUUUUCCUAAAAAGUGGAACUUGUAAAACAGACAAGGAUGUCUCAAUUAACUUACCAAGAUCCUCUCGGUUGUUCGAGAGCGGAAAUCAAUGUAGAAGUGACUUUGGCCAUUCUGGUUUGCCUUGCUUUGCUUCCAUAUUUGGUAAUGUACUGGUUGUUUACGUUAUUAAUAAAUAUUCCUGGAUGCAAAUAGUAACCAAUAUUUGUAUUUACAACCUAGCACUGACUGAUAUAUCUAUGGCCACCCGGAAAAUGCCGUUCUGGGUAGUGAGCUUGUAUACGGGAAUUUGGAAUUUGAGCAAGGAGUGGUGUGAGGUUUCUGCAUUGAUUCAAGGAGUCAUGGGCAUGGCUUCCAUUCUAAACAUGGGCUUAAUUGCUCCGAAUCGAUAUAUGAGAGUCCUACUCGCUACGCCCCCAUUCUACGGAUGGGGAAAAAUACAUUAUGACGAACAAUUUUCUGUUUGUACCUACGACUGGCGGGGAGGACACCUUUCCUACACCAUUAUGGUUAUAGGUGAGCUAAUAAGGAUGAUAGCAAUCGCGAUAGUGUAUUUUUAUUAUCAAGUUUUCAAAAAGGUGAAAGAGAGCACGAAAAAUCUUAACGCCAAUGGCGGGCAAAAUGGAAUUGGUGUUCAUACUAAUCCCCAAGAAUUGGAUACAGCUGUUAUCUACCUGAUGUUCUCAAGUAGUGUGGUAAAUCCGAUAUUAUAUGGAGUAAUGAAUCCGCAAUUUAAGGAGGCCUUCAAGAAAACAUUGGUGUGUGGACGCAUUUAUGGUGGCGAAAUAACAAAUCAGAUUAACAGAGGGAGCGUGGCAAUAAUGGUGCGUCGGAUUGAUAUGAACAGUAAUGAUACUGCACUAGUAUCGCAGAGAUACAAGUGGAACCGCGACGGUGGAUCGAACAAAGUGAAUGCUAUAAUGCAAGAUUUGUUACACGGAUUUUCUUUGACAUCACCUUUAUCCGAGGUUUCCGAUAUUUCGUAA